AUGUCAUCUGCGUUAAAUGCGGAUAAAUCGUUUCCUAACAAGGUAGUUUUGCACGAGCACAAUAAGCCAACAAUGGGGACAAGUUAUGUUGGUCCGAAAACAAGAAUUAUAGUUAAACGAAAUAUGAUAUUGAAAGAAAAGUCGAAAGAGACUGAGUCGACUUUGCUGGAUAAAAAGAUAAGGAAAUAUGACAGGGCUCCAGUUAGAUCUAAAACGCAACAAAUAAGUAGAGAAAAUAGUAACAUAGCGGAGAAGAAAAAUAUAUCAAAAUCGUCGAAAUCGGAGAAAGGCUUACUCAAGAAAUCAAAUUUAAGUAAAACUAGUGGCUUAAACGAUAGGAAUUUGUCAAAUUCAAAUGAUGUAAAUGACAUUGUGAGUGAAAGAAAUACAAAUGAAAGUGAUAUUAUAACGACGGAAAAUUUGUCAAAUGAUUGUGAUUCUGGAUUAAUGAAUCUAUUAUCAGAUGCAGAAACGCACAUUAAUGGACCUCAAAAUAGUGAUGAAACGUGUAAACACAAUGACAUAGACAAAAGUGUAUCAAAACUAGGUUUGGAACUGUCUCACACUUCCGUAAGUUCAAUACAGAACGAUGUAGGGACACAAUUACAACACGUUUUAGAAAAUAGUUCAUCAAAUAUGUUGCAUAUAGAAAAUUGCGAAAGUGAAAACAAAGAAUAUACAUUUAUGAAUGUGACGCCAGCCACUAGUGGUAUUCGCAGACAAACAUCGCUCAAAAAAUCAAUUCCAAAACCACAAUCUGUGAUCUUAGACAGCUGUGAUGAUUCUCAGCACAAAAACUUUGAAAUUUCAGAUGCAAAUAAAGAUAUUUUUCACAUUACGAACUCUUCGGAUCUCAUGCACCAUAAUUGUAACAUGGAAAGUGAUUUAGAUCAAAUCGAGGGUGUGACAGCAGGUACUUGUAAACAAACAGAAAAUGUUCUAUCACUUAACAAGGAAUCUAUCGAACAAACAGUAUCUUUAUCAAAAAGUACGAAAUUAUCUGCACAAAAUGCUAAGCCAGGAGAAAAAUCGCAAAAAUCAUAUUUGCAGGGAAACAUUCCAAGUUAUCUUAGAAUGACGUCAAGUGCCGCUAAUAAAGAAAUAAAAAAGAAGUCUGAAAUCAAACAGCGGUCAGUGACUCGAGAAAAUAAUUCUAAAUCGUUUGUCAAGCAAAGUGAUAAAUACUCAAACAAGACAGACUUAAAACGCAGUGCAACUAAAGACCUACAGUCUAUGUUUAUAAACGGAAUACAAUCAAGUGUAACAAAAACCACUUCUCGUGACACAACCUUUGUAGAUGAUGCAUCAAGUCCAGAAGAUUUAACAUUGACAUUAGGGUAUGACAUAGACAGUAAAAAUGAAACAUCAAAUGAUCCAAAUAUUACACAGGUAAAUAAGUUUUCUUCUCAGUCGCAGAAUCAUAUAAAAAAGGAAAUAAAUCAGAAAUGUACGAAAUCAAGUUCAAAACAGACAGCAAAAUUACCUGUAAAAAGCAAAACAAUAAUACCUCGAGUAUCAGUCGUUAAAAGUAAACAAGCAACAGUAAACAUACGGCCGCGUUCUUUGACGCCAAAUGAUUCAAAGCCUAAAUCAAUCGCUCUAAAGCAACGAAGCCAACAAGGCAUACAUAUUGGUCAACGAUCACGAUCGACGACACCUGGAGUCUCUGACGGUAGCUGCUCAAUUAAUGAUAUAAUAUCUAAAAAGUCAUUGAACACAGAAGAUAAUCAGACAAAUGGCAAAACAACGCUAAAUGCUCAGCAAACUACCCGUGAAGACGUGAAUGUACAAAAACAAAAAUCCACCGGAAAAGGUUCAGGCGUGCAGCCACGCUCCGUGAUUCGAACUGACCUUGAAAGCAAAUCAAUCAGUCUGAAAAACCAAUGUUCUCAAGACAGAAGCUCAAGGUCACGGUCGACAACACCUAGCGCGUCUUCUGUUUCAUCUGAUAGUAGCUGCUCUAAAACUACAAAAUUACCAAGCAAAACAUUUGAUAUAAUUCCAAAAAAUGUCAAGCGAAUAAAAAAUGAUAAAAGUUCACAGCAUAAAGGUUUUAAAUCAAAUCAAGAUUCAAAACUGAAUAAACUACCAGAACGAAAAUUAAAGACAUCAAAGAAAACUAUCGAAAAGGAAAAAUCAAUAAACAGGGAUUUUGGCACUCAUGUGACAUCGACAAAGUUAAAAAGCAAUGAUAAAGCUAAUGAAACAGGACAAAUGUUAAAGAGAGUUUCUAAAUCUAAAUCAAGAUCCACCACCCCUGAAAUAUCAUCUAUGUGCUCCAGUCACAGCAAAUCUAGCUCACCAAAUAUUCCACAGAGUGUAAAAGAAGUUCCCAAAGUCAAAAGUCCAACAGGAACUCAUAAAUCAAAUAUUCAAUCCGCCUUAAUAUCGUCACCAUCAGGAUCUUUAAGCGGUAAAGGUGAUACAUUAUCUACAAAUAAGAUAAAGAUGAAUAAACCAAUGAAAAAGAAAGAGAAAUCACCGGAAAUAAUUUCUGUGGAUAGUACUAAAAAUAAUUUAAAACUAACGACAUUACACUCCAAUCGAAACAGCUCCAGGAAAGAUGGCACAGUCAGUAGAGACUUUAACUCACGCUCGCAAUCAAACACUCCGAGAAUGUCCCCAUCGUCACCCAUUUGCAAUACUAUAUCGAAUUUGGAUCAAGUUGACUCUGAAACAAGUCGCAUCUGA